AUGGGCAGACACGGUCCCCUGACGUCCAUGGCGCUGGGCCGCUCGCCCUACGACGACAUCGUCAUGGGCGAGGGCGAGGGCGACCCCCGCGCACCCCUGCAGAUGUACGACGAGCGUGGCCGCCCUGUCAACCCAGAGACGCGCCGCAUCAACCGCGACGUUAUCCGCUCCCACAACGAGGUCAUGCUGGUCAUCGGCGUCGUCGAGGCCGAGAACAGCAUCGACGAGGCCCGCGCCGAGCGUGCCCGCCACAUCGCCCACCUGCAGCACGACACGCGCUUGGCCCGCCGUUUCGAGUGGGUGUCGCGCGCCUGCGAGCUCACCGGCGUCUGGGGCGUCGCCGGCCUGCGCCAGCGCAUCCUGCUCUACCGCGACUACUCACACGUCCCCGUCUCGCGGCUGAUACAGCACGAGCUGCAGACGUGGUCGCUGCGGAAGCUGUUCUGGGAUGGCCUGCCCGCGUUCGUGGUGGCCAACGCCAUGGAACUACCUUAUUUCGGCCAGCGCAUCAUGAGGAGCACUGCUCUCAAAUGGGGCUUCACUUAUGUCCAGACCAUGCUCAAAGUCUGGAUCUUCCUGUCACGGACGUCACUCCUGCCAACCUCGAGUUCAUCAUGGUUUCCCAAUUGGAAAUACUUCAUUCCGUUCACAGCAUCAUCGAUCAUUCCACCAUGUCCACUACCGACUACCCUCACUUCUCGUUCCGUAGCCUCGUGGCUAGGCAGUAUCGCUCUCAGCGUAGCUCCUAUCAUGGGGUUGUGGUUCUCGGAGGGUCUGAUUGACUGGGUGAGGGAGUUCUUUUACGAGGUGAUAUACGACCUUUUACCAAAUCCUUCAGGCCCAGAAUUACCACCGAUACCAGCAAAUCUUAUUGUCCAACGUGCUUCAACCAACCCCGACGAUCCUGUCCAAAGUCAAACACAGUCAGGCCCAGUCCCCCUUUCAAAUGCCGCCGAAGCCGUACCAGUUCGCGUUGGGCUAGGCGACUCAGAGGGGACCACUCCAGGCGAUGGGAAUGUCUGGGAGGUUCCGCAAACAACGGAAGCACCUGCUCCACCGGACGCAGAUACGGAUCCUGCUCCGAGAGAGCGCAACCCAUCUCCUCCCGCACGGAACAAUGGUACCGGCCGUCCUGACACCCGUCGCCGCCCUGGCCAUCGCCCACAGGUGUCUCAGACCGCUGACGCGGACGACUUCACCGACGACGAGGAGGACGCCAACGAGAUCGUCUCGGCCACGCUCAUCAGCUUUGACGUCGAGAACAACCCCGAGAACCCAGACCCCAAUGACGCGAACAUCCCACCGGGCGUGUGGUCCGCCGAGCUGAGACCCAACCCGGGCAACGAGUCGCAGGGCGGUGGUGGCGGCGACCGAGACGGCGAGGAGCGGUCCCGGCGGCCGCCCAGGCUAUACAGGGACAACGCCCUCACGCGGCUGCCCGCGACGCUUGCGGCUGACAUGCUCGCGCGCCGAGCCGCGUCGCUGCUGCUCGCGCCUAUGGAGGCCAUGGUGCUCCGGAACAUCGCUGAGUGCUGGUGCCGACCGAGGGGCAUGUCGACGGCGGGUCUGUGGGGCUUCUCGCGGGGCAUGAUUCUGAAUCUGCUGGCGGUUGAGAUAGUCCACUUCCUCGUGGACGCGGAUAUGUGGGCGUCCAUCUCGAUGGUGUCGAACGAGUUUGUCCUCUCGUCUGCGGAGUGGGAAAAGAUGCAGAAGGAGGAACACGAGAUGCGGAAGGAGGAACAAGAGAGGGCACAGCGAGAGGAGCAACAGCAGCAGGCAGCAGACAAUGCUGCCGAGAGAUUGGAUAGCACUGGCGCGAGGAACGAACCGGCAGGCUAG